AUGGCAAAACAAACAACCAAUGAUUUGCCUCUCAAGUUUUUUCCGUUACGUUCCUUCAUUCACAACGAUUUUUGGCACAAAUAUGCCGAAAUAAAAUUAGAUUUAGACCGCCUAGAUGAAUCCGGCCGAUCAAUACUAGGUAUAAUUCCUAUGAGAAAAGAGGGUUUUACUGUUCUCGAACUUGCAUGCAGCUCCUUCAAUGCCACCUACAAUGAUGCCUAUGCCCAAGCAUUCCGAUGUAACGGAAUUAUGCUGAAUUUCAACACACUGGAAUCUUUUAAGAAAUGUGAUAAAACUGUAUUACUUAAAUCGCAAGCUAGAAAGUUUUAUCAAGAAUUGAUGAAGAAGGAAACCAUCCAGAGCUCUGCUGAGUUAAUACACUUUUUCUUGCUCUCGUUUUCUGAUCUAAAAAAUUAUAAAUUCUAUCACUGGUUUGCUUUUCCAACACCUAUCGAUCUUGCAUAUGAAUGCGAUCUUGCAGAGGAUGGUUUUUCGGAAAGUUUCCGAGAAUGCUUUAAUACGUUUCUUUAUGAGAAGCCAUCGUUCAAUGAGCCGUUUUUUAUGUAUGACACAACAAAAGGUAUAAAGCUGCUAUCUGAAUAUAUCCAACACCGGAAUGUGGAGGCAAACUUCUGUCACGAAAAUAUGGAAGCUUUGUAUUUUUGUUACUACGAUCCAGCGCAGUAUGGCAAUUCAAAUACAGCGAGUUGGCAUCUAAGGCAACUGCUAACAUAUAUUAUGUUAACAUGCCCAGCUUUAUCGAAACGAAAAACAUUAUGGAUCCGAGUGACUGGGGCUAAAGAUGACAUUCAGCUUUUCCCAAUUAGAAUUUAUUUACCAGAACAUGUAGCAGAUGUUGAUGGUUUCAACAACUGGGCGGGAUGGGAAGUAAACCAAGAUGGUAAAUACCUUCCGCGAUUAACUUCAUUAACACAGAGUAUGUCUCCUGAAUGCUUAGCGGAAAGUGCUACCAAUUUAAAUUUAAAACUUAUGAAGUGGCGUCUCCUACCUUCGUUGGACUUAGAUGUAAUCAGUCGCAGCAAAUGCCUCCUUCUAGGCGCAGGUACGCUAGGAUGCAAUGUCGCCAGAUCGUUAAUGGCUUGGGGAAUCAAUGCAAUAACAAUAGUGGAUUGUGGUCGUGUUUCCUUAUCAAAUCCUGUUCGUCAAUCAUUGUAUCGUUAUGAAGAUGCAUUGAACGGGGGAAAACCUAAAGCAUUAAUUGCGUCUGAACGUUUACGAGAGAUCAAUCCUGCAGCGAAUAUUACUGGAGUGGACGUUAAAAUUCCGAUGCCAGGUCACCCAGUUGGUCAAGGUGAAGGUAUAAAAGAAGUGAAAGAAAUACUAGAAAAACUUUGUAAGCUUUUUCAAGAACAUGAUGUGAUAUUUCUUUUAACGGAUUCCCGAGAAAGUCGUUGGCUUCCGACAAUGCUUGGUGCGUUCUAUGGAAAGCUUGUCAUAAAUGUUGCGCUGGGAUUUGAUUCUUAUCUUGUGAUGAGGCACGGAUAUACCGGAACAGAUUGCGAUACUGAUGCAUCAUGCCCGGUUGGUUUUCGAAAAAUUGCCGGCUCUAAUCUAGGAUGUUACUUUUGCAAUGAUAUUGUUGCUCCCGGUAAUUCUAUGAAAGAUCGUACUUUAGAUCAACAGUGCACUGUAACCAGACCCGCUGUGUCAAAUAUGGCUUCAGGAUUAGCGGUGGAGUUGAUGAUUGCUCUUCUUCAAGAUGGAAACUCUCCUCCUGCAUAUUAUCGUAUCCCGAAAGUGGAAACUUGUAGACAGGAACAAGAGCCGGAAGGAUUGCUUGGUAUACUGCCACACUCAAUUCGUGGUAAUAUUGCGAGUUUUCAAACUAUGAUCACUGCUACCGAGAAAUAUCAAAACUGUGUAGCAUGUUCAUCAUUUGUACUCGAUCGUUACGCAUCAGACAAGGAUGAUUUAAUAAUCAACAUACUAAAUGGAACAGAAACUCUCGAUAAAAUCGCUGGACUCGAUAAAAUGAUGAAUACCAUGUAUGAUAAUGCUGAUAUGAAGGUAGAAUUUGAGUUUGAAAGCGAUUCCGAUGACUCAUAAAAAUAUGCAAAGAGAACUGAAAAUAAAUACUGCUUCAUACAACGUUUGAGCUAUAUGUUAUUUUUAUUUGAGCAUGAAUAAAAGUUGUGGAAAAUAUGUUUAAUAAA